GUUGUGCUUGACGCUCGUACAAGUUGUAUUGCGUGCCGGUAAUAAACCGUUGUUUGAUAUAACGGUCAUUCCGUUAAAUCUCUUUGCGUCUCUGUACAUAAAUUUACUUGUAACUGUUAAAGUAAAGUUCGUGAUAUUCAGGACGUUGCGUGCAACGUGGAGAGAACAUAGUGAAAGCGUGUCUGUCGUUAAAAAACCACCAAACGUCCACUGUUUCGAACGGAAUUAAGAUGGCCGAUGUCGCCGAGAGUGCAGCCUUUACCGACCCAGCAACCGCGAUCUCCCAUGGGAAACGGCACCUGUUAGUACGGGAUUACACCAUGGCUGUAACUGCAUUGGCACAAGCUUGCCAGCUUCUUGCUGAAAAACAUGGCGACACUGCGGAUGAACUCGGUGAGCCUUACUUGCUCUACGGUCGUGCUCUUCUUGGUCUAGCUAGGGAAGAGGCUGGAGUGUUGGGUGGCGGUGUACCAGGCACAGAGGAAACUGAAGACGACGAUGAGGAAGAUGAGGAUGAUGCAGAGGAUGAGAAGCUGAGCAACGUUGACGAGAAGGAAGAUGAAGAGAAUGAAGAGCACGCGGACAACGGCACAACCGAUGAGGCAAAAGAGAAAGCCACCGCUGAAGACACGAAAACUGAAGUGGAACCUUCAAAAUCGGAAGCUGAGAAGAAAGAAGAGAAGGUAGAACCCAGUAACGAAAAGAAAGAAGCGGAGAAGUCGAGUUCUAACAAGGCUGAAGAUAGUAAAUCGGCGGAGCAAGAGACAGAAAAGCCGAAGGAAGAGGACAAAUCUGCUCCUGGUUCUAGUAAAGAUAUGAGUCACGCCAAUGGUCACUCUUGUUCGACCAAGCAGAAUGGAGAUGUAAAGGAAAAUGGAGAAAAUGAUGGCGAAGAUAUAGGAAAGGAAGAUGAAGAGGACGAAGUUAACAAUCUACAGGUUGCCUGGGAAGUGUUAGAGCUGGCAAAACUGGUGUUGUUGAAACGUGGUCAGACCGGUUGGAAAUUACUCGCCGAUGCUUAUCGACUCUUAGGCGAGGUGGCCAUGGAGGGAGGAAAUUUCCAGGGUGCUUUGAACGAUCUACAUCGGUGUCUAGAACUUCUUCAGCAAAUCGAGCCACGAGAGCCAAGAGCAAUAGCUGAGAUUCACUAUCAGCUUGCAUUAGCUCAUUCUUUAGGCAAUGACUUCGAUGCUAGCAUCGAGGAGUUCAACAAAGCCACAGACUUGUUGGAGGCGUGUAUCAAAGAGCUAGAAGGAAUGAAAGAACCUCCUAAAACAGACGAUUCUUUCUAUACCGUGGAGGGAGAAAUUCAGGAGCUGAAGGAACUAUUACCAGAAAUCCAAGAAAAAAUCUCAGAUAUGAAAGACUUCAAGCAGGAGGCCUGCAAACUUGUCAUAGAAGGUAUUAAAAGCAAAGUAGCUGGUGGUUGUUCGAACGGUGCAGGACCGAGUAGUAGCAGUGAUUCUGCACCUAAAGUUCAAAAACCUGCUAGUGAUAUAUCUCAUUUGGUGCGUAAGAAACGAAAAGGCGACGAACCAGAGACAGAGGUUGCGUCGCCAUGCAAAAAACCGACGCCAGAAAAAGCUGUUUGAAGCUGUUUGAGUUUGGUGUAUCUAAAAUGUUCAUGGUACCUUGUUAUUUUGUUUCGCGGGAUAAAAAUUUGAGGGAAAAAUCUAUACCGAAGGUGGAACUUUUAGCGUUAGACCAAAAUAGAAUAAAUAUCGAUGAUCCCAGCGAAAAGACUCUGUACACCAGGGAAAAUGUUUUAAUAGGAACAGAUGAGACACUAGUUUGAUUCUAUUUUAUUCAAUAAUUACAAUUCAUGUGUUAUUGAGUGUCUAUAUUUUUAUUUCUCUUUUUUUCUGUCAUUAUUUUUAUAAUUCGUGUAUUUAUUCUGCAUCUAAUACGAAAUUGACAGUGAACUAUU